AUGUCUUCUUCGCGUAUCGGUCUGCGCUUCUUCCAGAACACCCGGGCUGCUUUCCGCAAUGCCUACGGUCCCUUCCGUCGGCCUGGUGCCCAGGGACGCCGUUUCCAGACCUCAGAUGCGGCAUCCGCCGAACAACAGAGCACUUUCCAGCGUCUAUGGAACAGCCCUGUCGGCAUCAAGACCGUUCACUUCUGGGCGCCUGUCAUGAAGUGGGCUUUGGUCAUUGCGGGUAUCUCCGAUUUUGGUCGUCCCGCCGAGAAGCUCUCCCUCACUCAGAACGCUGCCCUGAUGGCCACCGGUGCUAUUUGGACUCGCUGGUGCUUUAUCAUCAAGCCCCGCAACAUUCUGCUUGCUGCUGUUAACUUCUUCCUCGGAUGUGUUGGUGUCGUUCAGGUUACCCGGAUCUUCAUGUACCGCCGCAGCUUGGAAGGAGGAUCGACAAAGGAGGCCUUGAAGGAUAUAGAGCACGAGGUGGUUGACUCGGCGAAGUCCGCCGUUGGUAAGGCUGAGGCGGCUGUCAAGAAGUCUACAUAA